CUGGGAUGCAAUUUAUUUCAAGUCGGAGAUACAUUUGAAAAAGGUGUAGCAUUUUUGAUCCUAACAAUCACUCAAUACAUUUGAUUAGACGCAUGGCUUUUUUGCUGAGUAGCCUGGUACUGCUUUUAGGAGUCCUAGUGAAGACGAUCUCACAAGCGUGUAUUUGGGUAAUGGUAAAUGGUGGGCCAUUGUGUUUGAAGUAGACAGAGCAAUCUUGCUUGAAACUGCGACCUACCAACCAAGAGAAACGAACAGGCAUCAGCUUUUACAACAACCCAGAUGAACUGGUCACAACCUUGACCAUGACAAACCUGCGCAGCAGUGAUUCGAACCGCUACUGGUGUGCAGUCAAAACACGAGGUUCCUAUCUCAGAAUAUCUCUAGAACUUACCGUCACUGAGGGUAUUCCAGAUCUGUCAGCAGCCAGCAACAUGGUGUCAGGUGAAGAGGGCGGCAAUGUUACUGUACAGUGUCUCUACAGUGACACAUUUAAAGAUACUGAGAGAAAAUGGUGCAGAAGUGGUGAUCUGCACUCCUGUCAAACAGCUCAGGAUAUAGAGCCAUCCCUCGGUGCAGCUCUACAGAUAAAUGAUACAAAUGAUGGGGUUUAUACAGUGACACUGACAGGGCUGAAGAAGAAAGAUGCAGGCUGGUAUUGGUGUAUGGCUGGGGAUGUGCAGGUUCCUGUUCAUAUCAAUGUUGAUUCAAGACAACCCAUUACAGAUGCCAACACAAGACCUGUCAUGUUUACGACAGCACAAUCUUUCACUUCAUCUAACUCUUUUGAUGUACACAACCAUAAUUCACUAACAACACUUGCACACACACCAUCAAAAUUACCUGAAAGUACAUCAGUUCAGACAGAAAAAACUGACCAGACAUCCACAGCAUCACCGGAGCAGUUUCAUUCAACGACACAGUCCUCAUCAUAUCCAACCACAACGGAGAACUCAAAACAUGACCCAUCACACAGCAGUAGUACUGUUAGGACAACACUAACCAGCAGAUCAACAACUCUUCAUGUUGACAAUAACUCUACAGUUACUCUGUCAUCUAAAGAUCUGACAUGUGAACCCAAAACCACUUAUGACAGCAGAGACCGUAUUUGGGUGAUUGCACUAGUUUGUGGUGCACUGCUUAUAUUAAUCUUACCUGUGAUUUCCUGGAAAUUGUGGUCAUGGCAUACAAAUGCAAUCACAAUAGAGGAAGCAACAGAAAUAACAACAGACCUCACUUUUUUUGGUAGGCAAAUGACAGCGUUGUUCUGCUGGGCAAUGAAUGGACAAAUGCUUCAGUUGUGCAGUUUAGCACAGACUCAAAAACUGUCCUAAUAAUGUAACCUGUUGUGACUUCUGGAAGACAAAGAUGGAAGAGCCUUUAUCCUGUCACAUUGUGCCAAGAGCCACUCUCCUGCAGAGUUUAGCUACAACACUAUUUAGUUAUACCUGAAUUAACUAAUCAAUGUAUUUGAGUUGACUUGAAAAUGACAGCCAGGUGUGUUGGAACUAAACUUUGCAGGUAAGUGACUCUCUAAAAGCAUGAAACCGUCACAGAUGGACAGCCGGGAGUUGGUGCUCUCCACUUGUAUAAUUAACCUACAGCAUUUCAUGUGGUAUUCAUAUGGUUAAAAAGUUAAGUUAUGUUAGGACUUGUCUUUCAUCUCAACUCCCUAACAAAGCUGUCAGCACACUUAAGAAUCUGCAAAAUAAUGAUGUCCAAAACGCAACCUAAUUUUUAGUUUGUUUAUAAUUAUAUAUAUUUUUAAUAUAGUUUUUUAUUGUAACGCAAAGAGAUUUGUAUUUUCAAUUGGGGUUUAAGUGUUUAAAACAUUUUUAACGUGUAAUUUGAAUGAUCAAUUUGGUUAAAAAAGUCCUGGUCACUCCCCUAGACAGAAAACUUGUAUUACAUUAAAUUAAAUACUAAAAUUCAAUUUGUUUGGAGAAACCAGCCCCUUUGUAAGUCAACAUAUCUUGUCUUACUGGUUCAGGCUCCAUACUAUUUCAUCAAGGAUGUAGUCUCCAUAAACAAAUAUUUUGUAAAGAUAUUAGAUAUCAGAUAUUUUCUAAAAAAAUAAAACGGUUAAUUUACUAUAUGAACCAGUUACAUAAGGAAGCUGUGACCUUUCAUUCAACAAUGCAGUUACAGGCUUGACAUCUAAACGAACUCGUUUUGUCUGACAGUCAGGAUUUGUCAGAUGUAACUUAAAGAAAAUAAUAAUUUUUUCUCUCCUCCCCGUCUUCACUUCCCUUCUACUUUUUUUUCUAUAAGGAAAGUUCAUGUGUUUGUUUGCAUACCUUCUGAGUAGACUUUUACAUUUAUACAAUAAACUUAUAUAAAAUUUGCCAAUCUUAUGUAAAUGAAACAAGUCAGUCAUAAGAUUUAUGUAAUAGUACCAAUAAAUCCAAUUAGUUUCAAAUGCAUAAGAAACUUUAUUUAUUAUUAAGUAAUAAACCUAAUGUAUUUAAAAUGCAUAACAUUUACAUAAUUUUUUAUCAAUAAACCCAAAGUAUUUCAUAUGUUUAAUCCUACCCUACCCAAUCACACUGUGCUACAACAAAAUCUAACUACAACACACAAAGAACAGCAAGACCACUUUGUUACAUUACAUCAAUGUAUUAAUGCUUAAAGCAUUUGGCUAUAUCUUUAUUAAACACUGGGUACGUUUUUCAGUAUUUUACUUCAAAAUGUCAUUUUUUAUUUAUUUAUGAAUCAAUCUUUCUUUUUAAUAAUUUGUACUUAUCUUUACUCUGCAUUACCAUUAUUAACAGCUGCGAAAAUGCAAUUAUUUCUUAGAUGAACUACAAGCUUAAAGGCCAUGUUGCAGGUUAACCACCACUUUCGAUUAAUGGGUACAUAAAUCACUCAAGAUAUGUAUAUCAUUUUUAAAAUGUCUAAAAAAUGGUCUUAAACACUUAUUUUUUAAGUUUUUGGUAUUAACGUUUUUUUACACAACUCGGUGAUGACGUCACGUUGGGGAGAAGUCGAGGAAACGCAGCCUCAGCCCAGAAUGAUGCCGCGUUCUAGGCAACCUGUAUCUAUAUAUGUAGUCUAUCUAUCUAUAUAUUUAUAUCUAUCUAUUUAUCUAUAAUAUGUGCUAUCUGAAUACUCUCAUCUCUCUAGUCACUCUCAUAGCCAGUAAAAGAAAUGGACACAGCGACCCCAUUGGAACUCAACUGAGACAAUUGAAGCCUAUUUUUAGCAUUUUUUAGCACUUCUGUUUCUGACGCGCAGACUCAAACGAAGCUAGACGACGUCAGCAACCUGUCUGACAGAUGUACAUGUUCUAGUAGUUGUGCGUGCAAACUGCCAUCGUUAAUCUUGCAGAGACGGCGAGCUUGAGCGGGGAGUUCUAUGUCGUGAGUGAGCAGGAAUAAGUAUUCUGAUUAAUUAUUUUGUAUAGUAUUAUAAAAUGUAAUGCCAGUACGCCAUGUUAAUUUAAUUGCCUGCGAGCUUCUCCUCCUGUCUGUACGGUAAUACGACAGAGAGUCGAGUGGUUAUGACGCAAUCGUUAGCCUAUUUUUUACAAAAACUGUUUCUACGGGGCCAUAAUGUAACAUAGAAGGUAAUGGAGCCCUUUAUACAUUGUCGUGUUUCUUUAGAAAUAAAUAAUGGACAAACUGAGUCUUUAAACGCCUCAGAUGUAAAGUUAUUCGCUGUCAAAGUGACGGCAAAAUGAAUGGGAGUCAAUGGGAACGCUAACGCAAGUGAAGUUCUGCUACAAGAUGGCAGCACGCAGUCGACUUCAACUUCUGGUCGACAUCCUUGCCGCCUGGUCACUCUCAAAGCUCUCAAGGCGGGAUUUGGUAAAUUCUCUCCCCAACGUGAUGUGAUGCAAUGCAUGGGGGAAAGGAGACCGCUGUAAGAUAGUACCUACUUUUUCGUAUUAUAUUCCAUUUUGUGAUAACCAACAGUGAUGUACAUGAACAUUUGGAGUCGCAGCACUGCACACACCAGGUGAUGAGAAGCAGAGAGCAGGAGGUCCCCGACCACCUAAACAACAAAAGCUGGACUUCGGUGCAAAACCAGUAAGUGGGGGAGAGUUGAAGAAGUUAGUCGGGCAGUUUGUUGUGGAGGAAAUGCCAUUAAAUACGGUUGACUCGUCCUUAUUUCAUGCCAUAAUAAAUAAGAUCCCUACCACUGUCAAUGCCGCGCUGCAUCACAGAACAGCUUUUUAUUCUUACAUGGAGGAGUAUUCAGUGAUGGAGAGAAAU